AACAGUUUGCGUGCAUCAUUGCCUGCCCGGCAACGACCCGCUCUAUGGUUUGGUGAGUGGCACGAAAGAGGCCAUGAUUCCUUCCAUUCCGGAGUCGAAUAUUCUCUCAGAGAAGGAGGCUGCAGAGGCGCUCAAGAAGUUCGUGAGAAAGAACAGGAAUCCUGACAGAGGAAAAUUCAUGAGCAUGCCUACGCCAGUGGUUCUAACCCCUGUGGACCUCGAAGACGAGAUUUCAACCGAGAUUCCGACAUCAUCAAUAACACUUCCUGGCACAGCAGGUUUUAACUUGGAUGACCAGGUACCAACUGAACUGGCAGAUAAAUUUUCCAAGUUCGACAUUUUCGACACCAUCGAUGAGGAGCGCAUGAAAGAGUUUGAGGCUGCUGCAGAGCGAAGUUGUGCUGAAUCCAAUUAUAAGGAGCACAAGGCCAAGAGCAAAAAGCUCGACCCCAACAAGUUCACGUCGGUUUCAGUCGUGCAGCGAAGAGAAGAUGGACACAGUGUGAUGACAUGAGAUCCAUGCCAACAGGUGGUCAGGCUGUGACGGUUGGGACAUGCUGGGAACUAUUUGCCUUGCUUGCCCUGUUUUAAAGGUCGCUUAAAAGGAUUUUGCCGUCGUUCCUUGUCUGCAAUGUGCCUUCGGCACAAUUCCCUGAGCCUGAUGUCACUAGUAACUAGUGCAAGGCCGCUGGAGAAUCGGAUGCAAUCAUCCGGCCAGCCCAAUAUGGGAAAGAGGAUAGGAACAGGUUGCUCACCUCCAUCGCUUGAUUGAAAGUUUCUGGAGCAACGCGUAGGACAGUUCAUUAAGUAAAGAUCUUACAGCUUCCAAUUAAGUUUCACCUCAGAGACCACUUAGUCGCAACAAGCAAGUUGCACAGCUUAAGGCUGCGAAAUAGUUAAACAGUGGCUCGAACUCCAAGAUAUACUUUUUUUUGGGGCGCUCAACCGACUCGUACCAUGUCCUAUGAUUUCUACCUGUUCCAGUUUAAUGUCGUAUUGUUUCUAAUAGCGUCUUGUUACUACUAGUAAGGCACUUGUUACUAGAAGCGAUGCACUUGUUACUACUAGCGUGGCACUUGUUACUACUAGGAGAGAACCAACGCUGUUUGCCGUAUCCUUUCUCGCACUUGUGCCUUUUCGGCUCAAAGACCGUGGGAAGUCCACGGGAAGUUGAGAUCCGUGGUCACAAGAAAGACACGAAAGGCGUUGGAUCGCCGCAUUCAUGGAUGCCUGAAAUCUCACAGGACACAUGAUCCUUAGUUCUCAUCAUCUUGCUGCCGUCCUCUUUAUUGCGCUGACUGCGACACAUUGUGCCAAAGCUAUAGAAGUUUCAGAAGCUUGCGAUCCAGAGGCAGAAUUUCAUCAGGCUCGAGUUCUUCAAACUAAAGCUGGCCAUGCAAGUGAGUCUCCAGACGAGUCUCCUUGGUUGCUUGGAAGCUUCAUGCUUCUCAGAGCUGCAGUGGCGCUUCGGAGUUUGCACGAAGCUUCAGAGUCUCUCAUGUGGCAGGGAAUCGCCUUUGCUUGUUUCACGCGCUGCAUUGUCAUAUUGCCCGAUCCGGGAGAUGUUGCUUCGCUUUUGCUAUCAGGCAUCAAAGAGAUCCUCCACGUCUAUGGUUUGAGGAUGGUGCUUAGGCAGAUGUCGCCAAGCUGUUCCUGAGUAUUCGAGGGGUGAUGCAGCCCCUAACCCACGCUACAGCUGUGGCAGCGAGCCAAGAAAAGACAUGAGAUUCUUAGCGUCAUCACUAGUUUUCCCUGCUCGAUUAACAACUUCUGAUUCUGGAGUGCUUGAAGGCAUUGAUCUGCCCCCAACCCCCUUAACUCUUGCGGAUCCGGCCCUCAAUCAGAAGCUGGCUCGGUUCAAAGAGGGACCCUCAUGGAGACCUUGUGCUGUGAGCAUUGUGAGCUAAUGGAAGAGAGUAGGGUUUGUGAGCUUUCAAGCAAGCAGGAGCUUUUAAAGGCGCAGCAAAUCCUAUCAGAGUCUGUCAAGGAGCAGGACAACUACGAGAAGCUUUACACACAUGUUCGAGAGAACGUAGGUGGUCAGAAUCUACCGGCCACCGAUUUGGAUUUCCAUCAGGCUUACAAGAUGAUUCACAUGCUGGAUUCUGCAGAUUUCACAUGCAGAAGCUCACUUUCUGAGGAUGAGCUUGAAAGCAUCAUUGCUAAAUUUGGUAAUGAUCCUGAAGUGAAAGAACUGGUUUCGAAGCUAGCUCCUUCGCACAAAUAUCACCAUCACGAUAGUGAUGACGAAGCACCUGAUGCCGAUGAUGCCGAAAUGGACUGUGACAAGGUCAUCGCAGUUCAUCGCUUCAUGCUUGAGGAAGUGGAGAAAUUUGUCGAACAGUUUAAAGCAGCACCAGGAGUUUUCUAUGACUUUGCUACUGCAAGAGUGGUAACAGGAAUUGCAGUUCUUGUCAAAAUCGAAGAUCGGUUUCACAUGAGAAAGGUUGAUCUUGACCGCGCGGUCGCUUGCUGGAGCGAUCUCCUUGAUACAGAUCCAGAUUUUAGGCUCAUUACGCAGAAAUUGAAUGAAGCCCUCAGUGAGUUUGAUGCGCCAUAAGAGCCAAGAAGCUUUGGCCCACGUUGAGUAAGACUGGGGCGGCAAAGCCAGUUCCAGAGACACAAGGUGGGCUUAUGCAAAAGGGUCCAGGCUCCUUUCAUGGCUCUCAUACUUGUAGCAUCUUGUAGCUUUCAGCAGAUUUCAUUUGAGCACUCAAGUCUUCAUGGAUUUUGAUUCCCAAGCUGCUCUUGGGCGUAGAGUCGAAACCAGAGAC